CCCGCAUCAACAAAGCUUAAGGUGGCUAGUGUUAGUAUCACUAUCCCAUGAAGAUGUGGACGAGUGUGCUCGUGCUGAGUGAAGUCCCCUUUGAUUUCAAGGCGAAACAAAGUGGCGCUCAUUAUGCAUAUAAAAAUAUCCCACCAGGGAUAUAAUUAGGGAUAGCGAUACAGAUACUAGUGAAGGAAUGCUAGCGCUAAAAAGCACACAAGAAGAAAACUGUCAUGCAUGAUUCAAAUCCUCUUCAAGGUUCUACCAUCCUAUCUUCUGAAGGAGGGCCAGCAGAUGAAGACCAAACGGUGGGACGAGAGGAGGUAGAAGAAGCAUUGAAAUCACUAGGAACGAACUACACGAAGGGCGGACAAGGUGGAAAGGGAACAAGCAAAGAACUCUCAGUAGCUCAACUACGCGCCAUGGUGGCUGCUUCUGUGCGAAAGGGGAACGCUUUGGAGAACGUUAGUGAGAACAUCGACUUCCUAGUGGCUAUGGAGGAAAUCUGUAAAAUCAUAGAGCACGUAGAACUGCAGAAAGCUAGAAAAAAGCGGC